AUGUCCCUGGAGCGAGGGACGUGCCGUCUGCUGCUCAUCAUGUCUUUGUCAGCCUCAGAGCCUCGAGUCGCUCAGCACAUCACCGAGAACACUUACUUCUGUCCUGUGCUGGCCACAGGUCUGUCCGGUCUGUACUCGUCUCUUCCAGCCAGGCUGCAGGUUUACAGUGAAGACUGGUACUGUCUGGACCAGGACGACUGUCAGCAGGUUCCAGCCCUCGUCCACUUCCUGCACUCACUGGACUUCUGCAGUGCUGUUACCAAGGUCGCUCAUCCCUCCAUCCGGUCUCAGUUGUUAGGUUACAUCAACAACGGCUUCCUGGUGCCUGUCCUGGCUCCAGCUCUGCACAAGCUGACAGUGGAGGAGGUGAUGGCCACCACGGCGUACCUGGAUCUGUUCCUGCGCUCCAUCUCUGAGCCCGCCCUCCUCCAGACCUUCCUGUCCUUCAUCCUGCUGCACACACACGACAACGUGUACAUCCUGGACACGCUGGUCAGCAGGGUCAACACACCUUUCCAGGUGAGGAAUACUGUGUGCACGUCUUCCUGCCAUCUGCAGUUGAUUCCUGACACACUGGGUACAGUGUCCCUGGCUCUGUUCAGGACUCUGAUUGGCCUCUUCUGUGAAGAUGUCAUGCUGCAGCUGGUGUUCAGGUAUUUGAUCCCCUGCAGCCACAUGAGCAGAAAGCAGCGCUCCUCCUUAAAGCAAAGAGACUGCUACUCCUCCAGUGCCGCCUCCUUCCUGCUCCUCAUGCCAUCUUGGUGUCCCGUGCACCUCCACAACACAAACUCACACUCUGAGCACAUCCUCUGGCCUCAAAGGGCAGUAUCAGACAGUGUCGGUUACCGUCGGGGGUCAGACUUUCUGAUGGAUGUAAACUACCUGCACUACCUCUGGGAUGCCCGCCAGGACGUUUCCACAUCCCUCAGGGCAUGUCGCCUCUGGUCGGCUCCGUAUAAUGGGAUUGACCCCCCGCCUGAAGAACACCGAUCACACACACCAGGGUACGACACAGAAGAUGAGGAAGAGAUUGUGCAGCGAGUCAGGUGCGACUUCAGCCGCUCUUUGGUCACAUCUCCUCUCCCCUCAGCCCUCUCCCCGACCCAGUCCUCGUCAGAUACCACCUUAAUGGGCAACCAGGCAAGAACAGCCAGCUCUGCCCUGGACCUGGAGUGGGAUGACAUGUUUGCAGAUGAAGAUCCCUCUUUAUUCAUGGUUAGAAACACAACAGUAGCAAAUGGUGGUGGAACUGUGAAUACAUCUACACCUGCACCUCCCCCACUGCCUCCUCGACACAUCCAAGAAAUGCGACAUACUGCAACCAAACUGGUGCAGGGGUCAUAUGUAGAAGAAUCUGAGUUUCAGGAUGAUGUUCUUGUCUAUGAUCUUGUUGCCCAGGAAGACACUAAGGCAGCAAUUGUGGCGCAGAUCAUGGCAGUGAAUCGACACCACGGAAGCCUUGCAAAUGAUCGACGAGUGUCAACUGGGCAGACAGUGAUGGAAACAGUUAAUAGCAUUAUGUCAACAAUGAGGAGCGAGGACGGAGGGAACGAGGAAAGGAGAAGGAGUGAGGAUUAUGUGAAGACAAGGAUGAGUGAGGACUGGGAAAAGGAGACAGGGAGAAGGAAGGAGGAAGUAGAUGAGAAAAACUGUGUAGCUCCACAAGGAGAGCUGAAGGGACGUCAGUGUUUCAAUGGUUUUAAUGCAAAGAACUGCAUCAUCGACGAAGGUGAUGAUACUGAUCCUGUCUACAAGCCAUUGAAGCAAAACUGCAACCUGAGUGGCUUCGCAACCAUUAUCAAUUACACUCAAACACAAAAGCUGCAUAUACAUCACAACACACAACAACCUACAUCGUGUUUACCCAAAGACCACUCUGAACCUGAGCCACAUGAUGCUUCAGCGCCUGAUCCCAAAUCUCAAAGUCUACCUGAGAAUGAAGUCACCAAUAACAAUGACUUCCUGUCCCAGUACCAUGAACUUAUGCUCUCUCUGGGGAUGGAGCCAGACUGUGAUGACAUCACAGACAUUAACACAUUCAGGAAACGGGUCCAAGCACUGAAACAAAAACUGGAUGAGGAGUUCUGCGAAGAAUUAGCUUUCACCUCCAUGUGGGAUGAUGGAGAGAUGGAACGAGAGGAAGACGAGGUGGAAGAGGAAGAAGAAGAAAGGAGCAAUAAGAAAGGCAGCAGGAGGCAUGGAGUUCCAUUUACAGGUCCGUUUAUCAGCGUCCUGUUGUCCCGGCUCGAGAACCUUCUGGAAAACUCCAUUGCUGUGAACCUGCUGGUGACAGGCAUUCUGGCCCAGCUGGUGUCGUACCCGCAACCACUGCUGAAAUUCUUCUUGCUCAGCACAGACUCAACACAUAUCCAGCCCAACGUACGCACCUUGUACCAGGUGCUGGUGUCGGUGCAUGCUCAGAUUGAGCGCUACAUGGUGGCCAGACCGGACUAUCCUGCUCUGGUCACUCAGGCCUGGAGGUUCUUGUUGGCUAAAGACCAAGACAGCAAGUUUAGAGAGUGCCUCCAGUCUCAGAGUGGCGACACCAACCUGGACCCUUCUCUUCCUAAUGGCUGUGUGAGGAACACUCUGGCCCCGCCUCCUCUUGGCGUCUUGCUGCCCUGCCCUGCUAUUCCCCCACAGGACAAGAGCCGAGUGUUCGCCAUUGUCCUGUAUGCCGAGUUUCUGAAAGAGCUAGCCGCCAUCGCCCAGGAGCACAGCAUCGCGCUGGACUGUGCUGGAGACUAGUCGUCGUUGGUUUAAAAUGCAAGUCCACCUCUAAACACCUGCUGGAAAUGGCUGCCGAUGUGCCCAUGAGCAAGGCACUGCCAAGAAUGUGUCAGUAAAGCUGACACAGUAAAGUAAAAGUAAAUCAGUGGCCACCAGCAGAAGAAUGAAGGCUCCUAAAAGUCUGAGCACAAAACAUGCAACACACUGAUAUUAGUUUAUCCACUAAUUUAAGUGGAUAUUACAGAUAAAUACUGUCGUGUGCACAUUGUCUAAUCCUGGCAGCACUUGAACUUUUGAUAUUUUCCCCGUGUGAAUAUGGAUAUUUAUAAAAUGAUUUGGAGAUUUUGAAGUGUUUAGUUUUCUACACAUUUGUGGGAACGGUGCAAAUAGUUUUCUACAGUUUUCUGAAAUCUUCACUUAUUUUCUAAGGAAAAACUAGUUUUAUUUUAAACGGCAGAGGUGAAGUACAACCACGAGUUCAUUUAAUGAGGCCACACUAAACUGACUGAACACUAAACCCAGACACAGAGCUGGUGAUUACUUCUGCACCUUGUAUUUAAUUAUCACUUAUUAUUACAAUUAUUAUCAUUAUGGUGUUUUGCUACUGUUACUUGCAUUUAAAGAAGCACCAGGUUUUGUAUGUCCAGUCUUUCCUUCUUUAAAUCUUUUUGAACUGCACUGUAUGAAACUUUAAUGCUGAAAUGAAAGAUGAAUCUCUGGGACCAGCUGUUCCUGUUUUAUGCACACAGUAAUGACAAAGCCUUACGUCAAAUACAGCAAAUAUUUUAAACUAUUUUUCAGUUUUAAACUUCUAUUAAUGUGUGCUCCAUUGCUGAUGCAUUACAAUUCAAAUGUUUCUAUUUCUGACAUGUAAGAAGACAAGGCUGCUAUGUUUCUUUGUCCAAUGUGGGGAUGUGAGAAGGAAAUGCGAAAAACAGUGAAUCUGAACGUUACAGGUGGCUAAUGCAAACGAAAAUGCUGUCGCCUUAUUUAGUAAUAAGGUAUGAAAAAGCUCAGCGGGUGAGUCGACAGAAACCACAACCCAGUGUCUUCAAGCAAAACUGACCUCAAAGUGCA